AUGAAAUUCAAUACUUGUGUGUUGUGGUUCCAGACAAAGCUGCACUGACAGGACUGACCUAAACCUGGAGAGGAGCGUUUGGUUCUCUAGAUCCCCACUGAUAUCCAUAAAGGAUCAGCAGGAUCACCAUCACAGAGAUCACAGCUGCGAGGAACGCGCACACACACACACACACACACACUUCCUUCCUGUUCAUCUGACAGAGAUGCGUCAGUGCGUUACUGUAAAUAAUUUCUUAAUCUGCCUUGUAUAGGAAUUCAUCCAAAAUGCAAAAAAAAAAAAAAAAAAAAAAAAAAAAAAAAAGCAGCAGCGAGGAAGAUAUGAUGCAAAUUCUCAGGAGAGGAGCCACAGCUUUACGCAUAAAAUCUCUCUCAGUUAAUUCUCUUAAAAUCUCUGCUCCUUUUCUGCACGAGAAAUCACAAAAAAACUCUAAAAAACAGUUUCACAAUCCCACAUCCCACCAAGUCUUCAAACAUGGAAACCUGCACCUUCUCUUUGUCAGACACCAAUUAAACAUUCAUUAGACUCGACCUCUGGGUUAACUUAUUGAUCUGUUUUUAAAUGCAGCAGAUUUCAAUGUAAUUUGUCAAGCAAUGAUUUUACGCAGUCAGUCACUGUCCUGUCUCUCCACCACCACCUCCUGCCUCCUUUCUUUUUUUUUUUUUAACUACUGUGCGUUACCCAGAGUGUCAGUGCUUGACAAAGCUCACAUUUGGUGAGGAUCUAAUUUGUGGCGCUUCACCAAAAGAAACGAGAGGCGAUCAUUUCUAAUCUUGAGCGGUGGGAGGGCAGAUUUGUGCAGGAAGCGGGAGAGGAAGAAGAGAAAAGUAGGAAAUCUCUGCAACCCCUGGAGUCUCAUUCAGCACCACUCGCUACUGGACAGCGUCUGAGCGGCGGAGUUGGUCGAGAAACAGGAGAUUUUUGUUCCAACCUCGAGUCUGGGAGUAACACACUGCAGCUGCAUUUCCUUCCCCACGACUACUAACAUUUCUCCCUGGUGUUUCCACGUCUCCAAGCCUGUCUUUAUCCUUUUCUUUUUGAUUUUUAAAAAAAUCUGUGUGGCGGGUUUUGGCACAACGGACUGACUGGAGCUGGUGCUGCCAAAUAAAGACGCAGAAAGGAAAAAGAAAGCAAAGUGGACACAUUCACAGACCGUAGAAGUUCUUUUUCUCCACUUUCAGCUCGCUCGCGUUAAAGGGAUUGAAAGGAACCCACUCGCUCGCCUUGUGACUUUCUGCCUCCUUGACAGACCAAGAGGAAAGCUAAAUGCACCCGAGUGAUUCUGGAGAACCUGAGAAGAGAGGCAAGCUUCCCACCUUUGUUCUUGCCUUAUGAGAGUGCCCUCUGUGGACUCCACCUCAGCACUCUCUGUACUGUUUAGUUACUGCAUGUAUCCACGGCUCUCAGGUGUAGGAAAAGAGUGAAACACAAAGAGGAAAGAAGAAAGGGUAGGAGAUAAAGAGAGCGAGGCUGCAUAAUUAGUAUUACUGAGUUUGUGUCAGAGCUAGAAACCAUGAGAAGAGACUUCUGAAGACAACCGUGUUCUGAAAAACAUUGCGGCCAUCCUUCAGGACAUUUGUAUAUGUGUGUGUGGGUAUAUGUGUGCACACCUCUUUCAUUUUCAAAGGACUUGAAUUUGUAUUUGGAUGCGGAUUUAGCCUUUCAUUAUGACUCUGCGAAGAAGCUUUGAGAGAGCGUGGAUUGGCUGCCACAGAGGUGUCUGCAGCUGGGUGUUGCUGCUGCCUUGUUAUUUCUGGAUUGCAUUGGCAGCCAAACCCAAAAUGCCGGGCCACACACACCUCAACUCAAUACGCAUUGAUGGGGACAUAUCUCUGGGUGGGCUGUUCCCGGUUCAUGCGAGGGGGAACGAUGGCAAAGCCUGUGGAGAGCUGAAGAAGGAGAAAGGGAUCCACAGGCUGGAGGCCAUGUUAUUCGCCCUGGAUCGUAUCAAUAAUGACAAUGAGCUGCUGCCUAACAUCACUCUGGGGGCACGCAUACUGGACACCUGCUCCCGGGACACCCAUGCCCUGGAACAGUCGCUGACAUUUGUUCAGGCAUUGAUUGAGAAAGACUCAACUGAUGUCAAGUGUCUCAGCGGAGGGCCGCCCAUCAUCACGAAGCCUGAGAGAGUGGUGGGAGUGAUUGGGGCGUCUGCCAGCUCCGUGUCAAUCAUGGUAGCCAACAUAUUGCGUCUCUUCAAGAUCCCUCAGGUGAGCUACGCCUCCACAGCCCCGGAGCUCAGUGACAACACCCGCUACGACUUCUUCUCCCGCGUGGUGCCCCCGGACACCUACCAGGCUCAGGCCAUGGUGGACAUUGUCAAAGCCAUGCGCUGGAACUACGUCUCCACUGUGGCAUCCGAGGGAAACUAUGGAGAAAGUGGUGUGGAUGCGUUUAUUCAAAAGUCUCGAGAGGACGGUGGUCUGUGCAUUUCACAGUCUGUGAAAAUACCCCGCGAACCGAGAGUUGGAGAGUUUGACAAGAUCAUUCGCAGGCUGAGUGAGAACCCCAACGCUCGAGUAGUCAUCAUCUUUGCCAACGAGGACGACAUCAGGCGGCUCCUUCAGGCAGCUAAGAAGGCCAAUCAAACAGGCCAUUUCAUCUGGGUGGGUUCAGACAGCUGGGGCUCCAAAAUUUCCCCCAUACUGAACCAAGAAGAAAUGGCAGAAGGUGCUGUCACCAUCCUCCCCAAACGACAGUCCAUCAAAGGCUUUGAUCGCUACUUCAUCAGUCGAACACUAGAGAACAACAGGAGGAAUAUCUGGUUUGCAGAGUUUUGGGAGAAUAACUUCCAAUGCAAGCUCAGUCGGCAUGCUGUGAAGAAAGGAUCUGGCAUCAAAAAGUGUACAAACCAUGAGCGGAUUGGGAAAGAUUCAUCCUACGAACAGGAGGGGAAGGUCCAGUUUGUGAUAGAUGCCGUUUAUGCCAUGGCUCACGCUCUACAUAACAUGCACAAAGACCUCUGUCCUGGAAAAGUUGGCCUCUGCUCCAAGAUGGACACUAUCAAUGGCACACUGCUGCUGAAAUACAUCCGCAAUGUCAACUUUACAGGCAUCGCUGGCACCCCAGUGGUCUUCAACGUGAAUGGAGAUGCUCCUGGUCGCUAUGAAAUCUACCAAUACCAGAUCACCAAUAACACCACAGAGUACAAGAUCAUUGGUCACUGGACAGAUCAGCUCCACUUAGACACCAAUGAGAUGCAAUGGCCUGGUGGAACACAAGAAGUCCCUUCCUCUAUAUGCAGCCAACCCUGCCGUCCAGGCCAGCGCAAGAAGACUGUUAAGGGAAUUCCAUGUUGCUGGCACUGUGAGAACUGUGAUGGCUACCAGUAUCAGGCAGACACUUACACCUGCAAGAUGUGCCGCUUUGAUUUGCGGCCCAACGAGAACCAUACUGGCUGCGUUCCCAUUCCCAUUGUCAAGCUGGAGUGGAGCUCCCCGUGGGCAGUCAUCCCUGUCCUCAUCGCCGUCUUGGGGAUCAUGGCCACCCUGUUAGUCGUCGUCACCUUUGUACGCUACAAUGACACGCCCAUUGUUAAGGCAUCAGGUCGAGAACUGAGCUAUGUGCUGCUGACAGGUAUCUUUCUCUGCUAUGCUACCACUUUCCUCAUGAUCUCCACUCCCGAUGUGGUGAUAUGCUCCCUGAGAAGGAUUUUCCUGGGCCUCGGUAUGAGUAUAAGCUAUGCGGCACUGCUUACCAAGACGAAUCGGAUCUACAGAAUUUUCGAGCAGGGCAAGAUGUCAGUCAGUGCCCCUCGAUUCAUCUCCCCGGCCUCCCAGCUAGUCAUCACAUUCAGCCUGAUAUCAGUGCAGCUCCUUGGAGUGUGCAUCUGGUUUGGUGUCGACCCAUCGCAAGCAAUCAUCGACUACGAGGACCAGCGCACAGCCAAUCCUGAAAUGUCCCGUGGUGUUUUGAAAUGCGAUAUAUCCGACCUGUCUCUCAUCUGUCUGCUGGGUUAUAGCAUGCUGCUGAUGGUCACCUGCACAGUUUAUGCCAUCAAGACAAGAGGGGUUCCCGAGACGUUCAACGAGGCCAAACCCAUCGGCUUCACCAUGUACACCACCUGCAUUGUGUGGCUCGCCUUCAUCCCCAUCUUCUUUGGAACCUCGCAAUCAGCAGAAAAGAUGUACAUCCAGACCACAACCCUGACCAUCUCUGUCAGCCUCAGUGCGUCGGUCUCUCUGGGAAUGCUCUACAUGCCUAAGGUCUACGUGGUUCUCUUCCAUCCAGAGCAGAACGUACCCAAGCGCAAACGCAGCCUGAAGGCUGUGGUCACUGCAGCCACUAUGUCCAACAAGUUCAACCCCAAAGGCAGCCUGAGGCCCAACGGAGAGGCCAAGUCUGAACUGUGUGAAAGUCUUGAAACACAAGACUGUGUUGAGGGAGGGGAUCCUUGUGAGGGACUUUAGACUCUCAGUGUUGGCCUCAAAGCAGACAUACAUAAGCUACAGUAACCAUGCCAUCUAAGACAGAGAUGAACCGCGGAAGAGGAGCAAAGGCCUGCCUGAGGAGAAAUCACCUGCUUCUGGGGAAUAUUGGAGAAAUACUGUAGAACUUUCAAGCUGCUGCAGCAGAGAGGACUGGGGUGGAAAGAUGGGAAUCUGUCACUCCAAAGGAUGUCAUAUUUUUCAAGGGAAUCAGGUAAAGGCUUAAAUGCCAAAUUUAUGGAAAAAUUUGUAGAUUGCAGGAGGGAGGUGGGAGAUGUAAAGGAGCUUGGACAGUUAAUUUUCCUCUUCCCACCCUUUCUAAGUCACGAGCAAGCGUUGAUCAAUGACGUUUCCAGAUGCAGGCUGACUGAACCAGCUGGAGCCUACAGUAGGUUUUUCUUCUGAAGUGUAUAGCACACAGUUUCAGUUCUCGAGCUGAAGCUAAAUCCUUUGUCUCAUUUCAACAAAAACAGGGGAAAAGUGUUCUGUUUUUGUCAAAUGCAGUUGACAAGAUGAAACAGCAUAAAAAAAAAAUAUAGCAAUUAUUUUUGGUUACAGGUAUCAUUGGAGUUGAAAGCUGCAGUACUCUUCAGACUGUACAUGCCUUACUACAGUACACUCAGUAUUCCUCACAAACUAACCAUAUCCGAAACACAUGGAGAUAAAGCAGUGGGUCGCCCCAGUUGUUUUAUAAAUGUUCCAUAAUAAUUAUGAUGACACCAUCCUCUUGGCAAACCAAUAGUGUACAGUCCCAGAGCAUGCUAAUGGGAGCAUCACGUGUACUGUGCUGUGUUGUCAACGUCUAUGGAAUGCAACAUUUGUCAUGGUUGUCAUUCACAGUGGAGAUGUCAUUUUGGACCAUUACCCACUGGGUUACCCUCUGCUAAAUAAAGAGCGAACAAACACAAAAGGAGCCAAAAUAAACACAAAUUGCCAUGGAAUAUCUUUGUGGUUUACAUCACAUUCCAUAUGUGUCAGCCAGGAUUUGGAGACUUGACAACUCAUACUUUAAACAUCCCAGAUUUAGUGGCCCUUGUUUAUCGUGCACUUGUUGAAGCCUUUGUGGAGUCAAGCGGGUAGAUUACUUAAAAUUGCACCCUCGCCAAAAUGAAAAGCCCUUCAUUUUUUCACCCCUGUGUAUAUAACAGUUUCAAAAAUGUGCAAAAAAUUUGUCCGCAGCAUUCUGAAUUCUUACAGCAGUGGAGCAAAAGUGUGUUCGGCCCCUCGUUGGAGGACUUCAUGAAAUGCUUCAUUUUGGGAGAGGAAAAAAAACAGAAUUACUAAUGUCAUGCCACAUUCAUUAUCAUUAAAUCCUGAUGGUAUAUGAUAAAUAGGACGGUAAAAAUGCAUAGAACACUAUAACAUAAUGUGAGGUAGAUGUAUGGGUGAUCUGUGUUCCUUGCAAAAGAUUUACAUGCACAAAUUGUUUUCCUCUUCUGGGUCAGGAAUUUGGAGGCUGCCAUGGAAAUGAUGAAUGAGAGUUUUAAUAGCAUUUUCAUGCAAAAUUAGGCUCAUGUUGCUGCUCAGUAUCAUCACCAUCAUCACCCAUUUAGAGAAGAUGCAAGCUGAGCUCCACCGAACAGCCAAAAAAAAAAAAAAAUGUCAAAAACGAGUAUGACAUGCAUAGUAUGAGGAGUCAUUUUACUUUUCAACGCAUGCUGUAAAUGAUCUCCUCCCUAUUUGUUUGCUUAAUCAAACAAUAAAUUGGAUGAGUCUUCGCCAGUUCCCUAAUAUAAAAUGUACUACAACAGACUAAAAAAGCACUUGUUUCCAGCAAAGGUUUUCAGACACAAUGUCCCACCUAGGAUGCUAAAUCGGUCGCUAUGUCCCACCUUACUGGUGGGACAUAGGGACCAAUUUAGCAUCUAGCAGGUUGAACACCCAUCUUCUCACAGGAGCUGGUGGAAACCAAAACUGAGCUAAAAGGCCAUUGGAUAUAUCAACAACAUCCUACCCAUGUUUUUCUGUUUAGAAAGGAUGCGCAAAAAGGCAGUUAGCUAAUUUGCAUAUCAUGUCGGUGUGGCAUCUCAGGUUUCCGUGUUUGUUUUGGCGUCUCCCUACCCCCUAGUGGUUGAAAAUUCCUCAGUACAGCUUUAAAUUUCUACAGGCUUCGUAUUCACUGCUCCGCAACUACAUUAAUUGAUUUUUACAAUAACAGUGACAAAAAAAUAAUCCUCUAGAUUAGAGAAGGUUUAAAUAACUGCUUGAUAAAUAAGGGCCAGUGCCUUCAUUCUGUGCCUCAUACCCAUUAAAUCACUCCUGCCCAUUAAAUCACUCCUGCCAUUCUUUCCAUGGAUCUUUCAUGGUGUUGUUUUCAGGUGUAAAAUGUAUAAUUAAGUGUGUAAACCCCAUUUCUGUCUCCAGUCUCUGAAGUAUUCGUCAUAAAAACAGUAACUCUGGAAUUUGUCUCAUUAAAUGUUACCCUCAGCAAUGCAAAAGUCUGUAUGUUGCAUGUCAGAACCCAUAACAAGUCAUGUGAACAAUUUGAGAGAAAGGCAUAAUGUCCAGAAGGAAAACUACUGCAGAGGAUUAUAAAUAACUAAUAUUUUUGGUUUAAUCAAUGAUUCUCUCAGCUUCAACAAGUCUAAGGUGUUGCCGCAAAUGUUGUUUUUUCAUCAUUUGAUAAAGUAUUGUUUGUGGGAUUGUUUGUGUUUGUGAAUAUGAUAAUUUACUGCUUUUUUUUGCCACAACCCCCCUUUCCCCUUCUUUAUUUUUCUAAAACACUUUGUCUGUGUUACAAAAAUAGAAUAUGUAAGUGCUGACUGAAAUUAAAUGGCAAGUUAAUGUACGUUAUUAAAAUGGAUUGAUCAUGUCUGCUUUAUGUACUGAAUUAUUUAAAAAAAAGAAAGAUAAAAAAAGAGUUACAGUGCCUGGAUAUUUAUGAACUAUCUAUAGAAAAAAUAAAAAUGUGUAGAGCAUGUUCAUUUUUAUACAAGAUAUUUCUAAUAAAAGACUGUUUUGC